CCAGCCCUCCCUCAGGUGUCGGCCAGUGAGGGAUCGACAGGCCACAGCGCUCCGGUUCACCUGUACGUCCUCAGUCAGGAGCUUCUCCCUGUCCACCGAGAAAAGAAGGAAGCGAGUGGUUGCUGCUAAUUUUUUGUUCCUUUCAUUUUAACUCCUGUAUUUUCACCUUUGCUCUCUCUCUCCACUGUGGAGAGAGAGUAAGAGAAGUGUUUGUAUGGUUUCUCGUUUCUUGGGAUCUUGUUGCUCCGAGAUAUUGAUUCGGCAAAGCAGACGCCACCACUGCUGAGCGCAAUAUGGGGUCUGAUGAUGCGUACAACUUUGUCUUCAAAGUGGUUUUGAUUGGUGAGUCAGGCGUAGGAAAGAGCAACCUUCUGUCUCGCUUCACCAAGAAUGAGUUCAAUCACGACAGUCGCACCACAAUCGGCGUGGAGUUCAGCACACGGACCGUUCAGCUGGGUAACUACACCAUCAAGGCUCAGAUCUGGGACACAGCAGGCCUGGAGCGCUACAGAGCCAUCACUUCAGCGUAUUACAGGGGAGCUGUUGGAGCCUUGUUGGUCUAUGACAUCAGCAAGCACCUGACCUAUGAGAGCGCGGAGCGAUGGCUGAAAGAGCUGUAUGACCAUGCCGAUCCGCAUAUCGUGGUCAUGCUGGUGGGCAACAAAAGGGAUCUGGAGAGCCUCAGGACCGUGCCCAUGGAGGAGGCCAGGCUCUUUGCAGACAAACACAACCUUAUGUUUACAGAGACAUCCGCGCUGGACUCCACCAAUGUGGAAGCUGCUUUUAAUGACGUCCUCUCAGCGAUACAUAUGAAAGUGGCCAGCAAACAGGUGACCCGUGGCUCCAUCAGCGCCGUGACCAUAACCAGUCCCAAUGGACCCAACGGCGGCUCGAGGAAAGAGCGCAAAAGCUGCUGCAGUUCUGCCUAACCCAUUGCUGCCUCGUUCAGAUCUGCUCGUGUCACAUCCUGGAAGCAGUCAGGUUGAAUGUCUUUCAGUCUUAAGCAUAUUUCACAUGCAGUCUGACGAGGAAGGUACUGUUCUGACCGCCAAUGUAAAAAUGUUUCAAACGCAAAAGCUGUACUUCAUGUGGAUCACGAUGUCGGACAAAUUUACGGAUAUUGAAUAAAAAUCAACUGUUUUGUGUGUAGGUUAGGUGGGUAACAGGCAUUAUUAGCUGUGCAUUUUAUUGUAUCAUCUAAUGUUUUGAAGACGAGUUACAGAAUUGUACUGAGGUUUAUGAAGAAAUGCAGUGGAAUUAUAUCUGAAUGAAUAUUUGUGCAUGGAAUUAUAAGAACUUGUUUUUUUUCUUUAUUCAUAUAAAGAAAAUGAGAAACUGAAA